AUGCAGAGCUCCAGAGCCGCCGCGCGCUGCGUUGGCCGUGUGCGGAUGGCGCACAUGCGCUCUGCUGCGGCGAGUAGCGCAGACACGACCACGUGCGUGUUGGCGAUCCUGCGGCAGCACAGCGUCUUUCUCCACGGCCUCGACGAUGCCGUCUAUACGUUCCACAGCCCGCUGCUAAACGGUUCGGUGGGCCAACACACACGGCACUCGCUCGACCACCUGCGCAUGCCGCUGGAGCUGCUGACUGCACAGCCAGAAGGUGGCAGCGAGGGGAACGUGGUGCACUACGACGUCCGCGACCGCCACACGCGCGUGGAGAAGGACCGCCACGCAGCCAUCGAGCAGAUCGGGCAGCUGGAGAAGACGCUUCGUGGUGUGCCGCUUGGCAGCUUCACGCAGCCAGUCCAGGCCGCCUUUAUGCUGUCGGCCGAUGGUCGUGAGUUCGCUUUCGAGUCCACCUUUGCUCGCGAGCUCGCGUUUGCCGUGCACCAUUGUAUCCACCACAACGCCAUGUCAAAGGUGCUGCUACGUCAUCACUUUCCACGGCAGUGCGUACCCGAAGGCUUUGGCAUGGCCCCGUCCACGGCCAGCUUUCGUAUUGCGCACCCUCACGAGUAG